AUGGUAGAUCGGUACACCGGCUGGCCAGAAGCCGUACCAAUUGGCGAUCAGGAAGCAGCAACCGUGGCACGAGCCUUCUACGAUACAUGGAUCGCACGAUUCGGAACUACUCAUUUGAGAACGACAGCCUACCACCCCUCAACCAACGGAAUGGUUGAACGCCUACACCGACAGCUAAAAGGGGCAAUUAUGUGCCACCAGAAUAAUCGCUGGACUGAAGCCCUAUCCAGUGUCAUGCUCGGCAUUCGAGCAGCUUGGAAAAAAGACUUCCAGGAGUUACGUCAACGCGUGCGUAACUUGAAACUAUGUGAUGGAACGCGACACGAAACAAAGAAGACCUUCAUUUUCAAAGAUCUCUCCACCUCCGAAAAAGUUUUUGUACGCCACGACGGUCCCAAGCAACCAUUUCAACACGACGGUCCAUACAGAGUCGUAAAGCAAUCGGCGAAAACAACAGACGAACCAGCGCCCUUCGCAGAUCAACCACACGACGAGGUGCCAGCUUCCACAACAGCGAGGACCACUAGGUCGGGAAGACGGGUGCGCUUCCCUGAGCGCCUGCAAAGCCGUUUUUCAUGA